CAUAAUACUGAGGAUCGUCUAGCCAUCACAAUUAUUUUUGGAGCAGCGURCAUGGAACACAGAAAUAGGCGAGCGCACGAAACAGUGGAUCGCGGCAAAGCGGUAUCGAUGGCAGAAGCUUCUAUGCCACCCGGAUCUUCCUGCUCGUCGCCACUGCCACCGCCACUGCCACCGCCACCUACAAAUCUCCGGCAGCAGCUGCACCGUUUGCUGCUAGCUGCAUGGCAUCUAUUCUUCUCCUUCUGUUGCAUACGAACAAGCACGGCAAGGAYAAGGACCGUGGUUGCUCCAGGCCACCGAGAACGAAGAUCAGCUGCGGCAAAGGCCUCGUCGUCGAUGCCUCGAUUGGUACUUGCCCUUUGUUUCUUAUCGAUGUACUUUGCAGCGCAUCACCAAUUGGAAGGAAUGGAAGAACACGAAAUGCAGYUCCACUAUAUCAAACAGMAGCAACAGGAACAAAGGCGAACCAAAUACGACAUCAUUGGAUCCAAAACAGGAUUGCUAGGAUCAUCCAUGGAAAAAAACGUCACCGCUCAAUCGCCGUCGUCCAGGUCUCUCUCCCAUUAUUUGACCAGACGUACACUAGAGAAAGGGAGUGACGCUAACUCGAGCCUGACCUUGGAGGAGGCACGCAAGGGAAGGGAGCCCAUCCUAGCRAUAUUGGAGGAUGCSGGWAUCCAAACAUAUGACGCAAGCGAUGUCGUGCAGCUACCUCUGUGGUCUUCUGUAGUGGAACUCUAUUACAGCAGSSAUGGCGGCAGAAAACGCGACAAUUCUAUCAGCGACCGGACGGUUCUCGAAGCACGUGAAAGCACCGAAYCGGAAGCUGGUGGCCCCGUCAUUCUUGGACUGGAGGGGUGCGCAGSCUUUCGAGAAAGGGUUCCCGCGAAGGAUCGGUUUUUAGGGGUGGCGGGCAGCUUCAACUCCGGAACGACGGCAUUUGGGGUUUCCUUGCAGAAGAAUUGCCGGUUKGCCGAGCACGGUGCCGGUCGCAACUGGCAGGAAAGCCUUGGGAGGGGCAAAAGGAGGAUGGUGGUUAGCAACGCAAAUGGCAUGCUGAGCCAGGUGCCAUGGGCCAAGCACAAGAUGGCGAGCUACCGCUUCAACCACACGUUGCUCCCACCGUCGUCAACGAAUCGCCGUCCCCCGAUCGACCACAAUCACGUUCUGCCCAUCGUCUUGGUCCGUGAUCCCUUUUACUGGAUGCAGAGCAUGUGCAAGGAGGGAUAUGGGGUCCGAUGGGACCACGAUUCCAACCACCACUGCCCGAACCUGGUCCCCAACGACUUCGAUCGAGCGCGCUUUUCUGCUGGAAGGCCACAGCAACACGGAGCCAAUGCUACUACUUCCUCGGUUCCGGUUUGGAUGGGCCCCAACCCUACCGUUGGACCAUCAUGGCCGUCGUUGGUUCAUUAUUGGAACGCCUGGUACGAAUCCUAUUAUUACAACGACGAUACCAACAAUGGUUAUACCGGUGGUUUGUCGAAGAACUCCUACAAAAAGGGCGGCGAGCCAGCUAUCGUCUCACCUCAACCGAACCAAAAAUGGCCACGGCUCAUCAUUCGUUUCGAAGACACGCUCUUUUACCCCCGGGAAGUGAUGGCCAAGGUUUGCCACUGCAGUGGGGGGAUUCUCAACUCCGAAACAGCUAUCGGUAUGGAAGAUUCAUCGAUUGGGGCCCCUCUACAACGCAACAAAAACUAUGAAUACUCCCUUUCUGAGGCUAAGCCCCACCACCACGAAACGCCAGACAAAAACACAAACUUCGUGCAGGCUAUGGUUCAGUAUGGAACGAACGCUACCCGGUUUCGCAACAUGACAGACGACGACCUGCGGUUUGCGAUCGAAUCCCUCAAUCCGACCCUGAUGGAGGCCUUUGGUUAUUCGUACGGUGCUUGAGAUCCGUUCAACAAACGAACCAAAACCAACCAAAUCAAAUGUAGCGAUGAAA